UGGUACUUCCUUCUUUUUUCAAUUUCAUCUGGUGGCAGCUCGAAUUCGGACGACUAGCAUGUUGCUCCAAUCGAAAGUUUUUAUUUUGGUCCUUCUUCAGGGCUUUUUCUUGGCCAAGUUGGCCGAGUCUGUUCCGAUAUCAAGCUGCCAAAAGGAUGAGAAAUGCACCAGACUGGUUAGAUGCUCCCCGCUGAUGAAUAUUUUAAAGCCCCGGGGCAUGACACAGGCGGAGAAGGAUGUGUUUGCCCACAGGCAGUGUGGCCUUGGCCCCAAUGGACGCGAGUUGUUGCACAGGGUUUACGUCUGCUGCCCAGAGUUGGGUGACGUCCUGCCCAACAACCAGACCUGCGGACGAACGACGUCCGUACUCCGAAGUCCGGGUGCCGAAAACAUAGAGAUAAACGAAUAUCCUUGGAUGGGAGUCCUGCUGUAUGAGAAUCGGCUGUCCUUCACUCGCUAUGUGCUGACCGCUGCCCAUUGCGUGACCGGUGGAUACUUGACCCGCAAUGACCUGGUGGUGAAGAGUGUGCGGCUGGGCGAGCACAAUACGUCCUCUAAUCCCGAAUGCGGUGGGCAUAGCUGCGCUCCGCAACAUCUGCAAGUGGAGGUGGAGCAGGUUGCAGUGCAUCAGGGUUUCUUUUCGAGUGGCGGAACUUACCACUACGACAUCGCACUUCUCCGACUGCGAUUUCCAGUGCGAUACACGAAACGGAUCCAACCCAUUUGCCUACCGGAUGCCGGCACCCACUUACUGGGCCUAAACCUGCGAAUCGCUGGCUGGAAUCCAACUGAAAGCAGUCAUCCGCUGAUCACGAGCACGAUCAAGGAAAGGAAUCCACAUUAUUGCUCGAAUACGUAUCCCCACUUCCACGCCGCGUCCCAAAUAUGUGCCGGUGGUCAGCGGGAAAGGGACACCUGUGCUGGCAUCUCCGGCAGUCCGCUAAUGGGCAUAAUGGCACGCGGGCUGGAUCAGUUUGCCUUUUUGGCAGGGAUUGCCUCCUAUGGACAACAGCACUGCUAUGCUGCUGGUACUCCAGCUGUAUACACAAACACUGGCCACUUUUUGGAGUGGAUUAGGGCAAAUUUGGCGCCCUAA